GUCUUGCCACCCUGCUAGAUUAUAUAACGCUACAACUUUUCCGGUUCUGGUAAAAUUCACAUUUGCAGUGAUAACUCUAGCUCCUCAGAUUCUGCAGAUUACAUUUUCCUGUUAACCUCGUGAAUACAGUCCCGAGAAAUCAACCCUAGUUUUAUUUCUGACUUGAAAGUCGAAACUUUCCAAAAUGUUUCUCCUAUUCAGUCUCAUAAUCUGCAUCGUAUCUCCGGUUGUUAUUGCUAAAACAGUGGACAGAAAGUACACGCGUUGUGCUCCCGAUCACUAUGGUAUCGACGAAGGCCAAGGAAGUGGGUGCGAGCCAUGUGAUUGUAACGCCUACGGUGUGGCGUAUAAGUCAACUCUGAACGAAAAUAGAAAGCGAGAUCGUGACAUGUCAUGUGACCAGAUGACAGGACAGUGUAACUGUGCGGUGAUCUUUAACGUCAGUCUCCGAGAGAAGUACACUCAGAACAAGUAUGAUGACCGACGUUGUGACGGCUGUCCAAAUCUCCAAUACCUGGACCCUGAUUCCCGGUCGUGUGUUGAUUGUAACUGCCAUCCAGAAGGAUCCAGAAACUUCCAAUGUGACCUUUAUACUGGAAACUGCGAAUGUAAUCCUAUGAUUGUUGGACAACAGUGUGAUACCCGCGGUUGCGAGUGGGAAAGAUGGAGUUACGGAGAAUGUGUGGUGACAGACUUUUUAAGGUGUAGAGGUACUAGAGAGAAGUCCCGCCAACAGUUCCCCGCGGGAGGAGGAUAUUUUUCAACCAUCACCAAGGUUGCUGAUUGCGCUGAAGUAGAAGUAGUCACAAUACCCUGCAAACAGCGUAAUUGCAAUGACAAUUAGAAACUGCCAAUCAAAACUCAUCACUCUUUAGAUCCUUUCACUCAUUUUGGAAUCUUGUUGAAGGAAGGAUUAGGACGGUUUUUGACCUUGGGGUUAUUUCUUGUACAUUUUUAUAGUUUAAUUUAAGAAACCACCUAAAUUUAGUCAUUAGUUUUCACAUAAAUUUUAAGUCGUCUGAGCAAGACGUUGGUUUUAUUUAUUUAAUUUUGCAUUUCGUUUUUAAAACAUGGACAGCCAAGAGGUGGGUGAAUUGAUAUUCAUGCUUCCCCGGAAUUAAAAAGAG